UCACAAGCAGUCAUGUUGUCCAUGCUGCUCAGGCUGUUUCGUAGGGACAAUACAAUACAACCAGAGACCAGACCUAGGCAGAAGGCAUUCUGUAAAGCAGGAAGAAGGAGAUGGCCCUGGGGAAGACACAGGUCUGUUGGGAAAGAGUCCUCUCAAGCCCACACCAUCAGUGAGCAGGAGCAGAGAAUGAAGAGGUUGGAGAAGCUCAAAAGGGACCUUGAAAGAAUGAAGAACGAGAGAGAUGAACUCCGGGGAAUCCUGGCACAUUAUAUUAACAAGGAUUUGAACAAGAGGUUCAACUUUGAGACCACGAUGCUGGAGAUGCAACAUGACCAGGUGAUGAGUGAGCUCAAAAACAUUCCGCAGCAGAUCAGUGAGGCCUUGUAUAUGUGCCAGGAGUUGACUAAAAAUAAUCAACUUUACAGCAUCAGGAACUGUCACCUCCUGACCGAGUCUCUUCAUAUGAAGAGUGAAGUAAAAAUGCUCUGGAAUGCAAACAGGCAGCUGCUUAAGGAACAGAUUACACUGGACGUGUGUUCUAAGGAAACAAGGAGGCUAUGUGUGGAGGCCAGCAUGAAGAUCUAUGACAAAUUUUCCAAGCAUAUCCAAUUGUGGGAAGCUGCUGCCCUGGCCACUGCCCCUAACCCGCUGGCCUUAAGGGCAUCCCAUCAGUCCCCAAAAGAAGACCAACCUCGUGUGGGACGAGGUGAGUGGCCAGUGGCGGUGCCUUGGUGCUGCAAGCACGCACAGGAUGACACUAAGGAAUGGCUCAUCAAGGUGCCCGGGAGCUUCAACCCCAUGGAAGACCAGUUCACAAAGAGGAUUCAGGCUAAGAAAGAACGCGUGGCCAAGAAAGAGAUGAACCUUCUGUGGAACCAGGCCCGCGAGCACAAGAUGCAGAUGCCCAGCUCAGCUGGGCUGCACCCUAAAGGACACCAGAGUAAGGAGGAGCUUCGGUGGGGCGCCACAACACUCUGGCAAGAAGAGGAAGUUUCAGGCCCCCUUUGGGGACUUCCCAGCCAAGAAAAAGAACCAGUGAGAGCUACUUCGAAUCAUGAACAGUAA